UCACAGAAAACACGUGUUGCCGUGAGCGCUGGUUCGGUACGCGCGCUUUACGUUGUGCUAUAGCGCUGUUUUAAUAGGUUAUUGCUUUGUUUGAGCUUUAGUUUUAAAGCCUGCAGGUGUUUAUCCUCUGUGAAGCAUUCGCCGAGAGGACUUGAAUAAAUAUCAAACAUUAUGACUGAAGCUGAUGUCAAUCCCAAGGCCUACCCUUUGGCCGAUGCCACUUUGACCAAAACUAUACUGGAUCUGGUGCAGCAGGCUUCCAACUACAAGCAGCUGCGCAAAGGAGCCAAUGAGGCUACUAAAACACUGAACCGUGGAAUUUCCGAGUUCAUCGUCAUGGCCGCUGAUGCCGAACCGCUGGAGAUUAUUCUACACCUUCCAUUACUGUGCGAGGACAAAAACGUACCAUAUGUCUUUGUGAGGUCCAAGCAGGCCCUUGGACGAGCUUGUGGUGUGUCCAGACCGGUUAUUGCCACAUCAAUCACUAUUAAGGAAGGAUCACAGCUGAAACCUCAGAUCCAGUCUGUACAGAUGGCGAUUGAGAGACUUUUGGUUUGAGUUUGUUCUGAUUGUUUUUUUUGUUUUUUUUUUAAACUUGAGUCAGGUUAAUUCUUGUGUUUAGCUUCUGUAAUCUUUGUGCAGUCCUCAUGAAGGAUUCUGUUUUUUUAAACCAUAAUAAUGAUAAUUGAUGAUAAUCAAUUGCAUUAGGUUACAGUGUUGCAGGAAUAUAACAUUUUCUAAUUUUAAAAUAAAUGACUGCCAUAUGUUAUUGCAAUCAGAGCAAGUUUGAUUUUCAUUUCAUCACUAGUUGAUGUUUUAAAUGUGACAUUACAUUUAUUCCUGUUUUUUGUACAACCUUAUUCUGGGGACUUGCAAAAAUAAAUUUUAAAAAAGUCA